AUGUCAUCCAUUGGCUCCCAGGUACGUAGAGCAGCUGCGUCUGUGGAUCCCAUUGUUACUGAAUAUGCAGUAGGUUACUUCAAUCACCUUUCAAAGGGUACCUUCGAUGCCGUCCAAGCGCAACAGAUGGACUUGGACCACGAGGUUAAGUACGUCAGCGAUCUCCUAGUGAACGCUGGUGCACCUCAAGAUGCUGUAGACAAGCUGGCACACAAUCUUUUGGAACAAUUAAGCAUCCAGUUGAAGGAGAAUAAAGCGAAGUUGGACGUCACUGGUGACACCUCGAAGAGGUUGCUGGAUAUCAACGUCUUACAGAGCCAUAACAAGAAGGCCAAUAUAAACACGUCGUUGAACCUUCUAGGUGUUAACAACGAUAUUGAGCAUACCGGUAGAAAGAUGGAGACAAGAGUUGAUUUGAAAAAAUUGGCUAAAGCGGAACAGAAAAUCGCCAAGAAAGUGGCCAAGAGGAACAACAAAUUUGUUCAAUAUGAAGCUUCUAAAUUGAUUGGUGAACAAGAGGAGGACAACUACGACUCAUUCUUCUUGAAGAUUAACCCUCUAGAGUUUGGUUCUGCAGCUGGUAAAUCCAAAGAUAUCAAGAUUGACGCUUUCGACUUGUACGUUGGUGACGGGCAAAGAAUUCUGUCUGAUGCUCAAUUGACCUUGAGUUUUGGUCACAGAUACGGGUUAGUCGGGCAGAACGGUAUCGGUAAAUCUACACUACUAAGGGCCUUGUCUAGAAGAGAUUUGAACGUCCCUAAGCACGUCUCCAUUUUGCACGUCGAGCAAGAACUGAGAGGUGACGAGACUUUAGCUCUACAGAGUGUUUUAGAUGCUGAUGUCUGGAGGAAACAACUACUGACAGAGGAGAAGAAAAUUAACGAAAGGUUGAAAGAUAUUGAAAAUUUGAGAGCAGAAUUCGAAGAGGAGUCCCUGGAGAUUAAGAAACUGGAUAACGAGCGUGAAGAUUUGGAAGCGCACUUGUUACAAAUUGACGAAAAACUGGCAGAUAUGGAAUCAGACAAGGCAGAGGCAAGAGCGGCUUCUAUCUUGUACGGUUUAGGUUUCAGUAAAGAGGCUCAACAGAAACCAACGAACUCCUUUUCCGGUGGUUGGAGAAUGAGAUUAUCUCUAGCAAGAGCUCUAUUCUGUCAACCCGAUUUGCUGCUAUUGGAUGAACCUUCCAAUAUGUUGGAUGUUCCAUCCAUCGCAUACCUAGCAGAAUACUUGAAGACGUACCCAUCUACCGUUCUAACAGUCUCGCAUGACCGUGCAUUCUUGAACGAAGUUGCCACAGAUAUCAUUUAUCAACACAACGAAAGACUAGACUACUACAGAGGUCAAGAUUUCGAUUCUUUCUACCAGACCAAAGAAGAGCGGAAGAAGAACGCCCAAAGAGAGUACGAGAACCAAAUGGCGUACAGAAAACAUUUGCAAGAGUUUAUCGACAAGUAUAGAUACAACGCUGCUAAAUCCCAAGAGGCUCAAUCCAGAAUCAAGAAAUUGGAAAAGCUCCCCGUUUUGGAACCGCCUGAAGUGGAAACCAGUAUCAACUUCCACUUCCCAGACUGUGAGAAACUAUCUCCACCCAUCAUUCAGCUACAGGAUGUUUCCUUUGGCUAUGAAGAGCAGAGUUUGCUAUUGAAAGACGUGAAUUUGGAUGUUCAAAUGGAUUCAAGAAUCGCGUUAGUGGGUGCCAACGGUUGUGGUAAAACUACAUUACUGAAGGUUAUGAUGGAACAGUUGAGACCAACCUCAGGUUAUGUUUCAAGAAACGGGAGAUUGAGAAUAGGUUACUUUACUCAACAUCAUGUUGACUCUAUGGAUUUGAAUACUUCAGCAGUAGAUUGGAUGUCGAAGACGUAUCCAGGUAAAACAGAUGAAGAGUAUAGACGCCAUUUGGGUGCGUUUGGUAUCACUGGUACACUAGGUCUUCAACAGAUGCAGUUGUUAUCCGGUGGUCAGAAAUCGCGUGUUGCGUUUGCUGCACUGUGUUUGAACAAUCCACAUAUUCUAGUCCUCGAUGAACCUUCCAAUCAUUUGGAUACCACAGGUCUGGAAGCUCUGGUAGAUGCUUUGAAAAAAUUCACUGGUGGUGUUCUUAUGGUUUCGCACGAUAUUUCCGUGAUAGACAGUGUCUGUAACGAAAUAUGGGUCUCUGAAGACGGUAACGUUAAGAAAUUUGGUGGUUCCAUUUUCGAUUACAGAGAUUACAUUAUUUCUUCCGCGAAUGCUGCAGGUGUUGUAAAGAAACAUUGA